AUCCCAUUCUUCCUGCAAACAGGUCUUAAGAUGUGCAGCAAUACAGGAUCGCCAUUGUUUUUUGUUUCAAAAAUUCUCCACACAUUCUCUAUUGGAGACAGAGGGGACAGGUACCGUCUUCUUCCACAGCCAUGCCUUUGUAAUGUGUGCAGAAUGUUGUUUUGCAUUGUCUUGUUGAAAUAUCCCUGGAAAAGGUGUCAUCUUGAAGGCAGCAUAUGUUGUGUCAACGUAUCAAUUAGAUUGGAUGGUCCUUUUCAUUUUUGGUCUAGAGCACACAGCAUCUAUUUCUUACAAAAAAAGACCUGGACUACUGAUUCAUCGGACCAUAAUACACGUCUGCACUGUACGUAUGAUGGUUCAUCCCAGAUGCCUUCAAGCCCAGAGAUGCUGACAGUGCUUCCGGACACAGUUAACAUAAGGCUUCCUUUUUGUGCAGUAAAGUUUUAACUGGCAUUUGUGGAUGUAACUCUGUAUUGUAGUGCCUGAUAAAGGUUUGCCAAAGUGCUCCCAAGCCCAUGUGGUUAUAUCAGCUAUAGAUGAAUGACGGUUCUUGAUGCAGUGCUGUCUGAGGGAUUGGAGAUCACGGGUGUUCAGCUUGGUGCCCUUGCCCUUGAUACAUCGACAUCCCUCCGGAUUCCUUGAAUUGUUUAAUGAUGAUAUGCACCGACCAAGGUGAAGUAUCCAAAUUCCUUUGCAUCUUUCUAUGAGAAACAUUGUUUUUAAAGAUUUCAAUAAUUUUCCUCACACACUUGUGAACAAACUGGAGAUCCUCAUCCCAUCUUUACUCCACAAAGACUAGGCCUUUCCUGGAUACUGAUUUUGUACCAAAUUAUAAUUACAAUCACUUGUUGACAUCACCUGGUUCAAAUCACAUAAUUAUUUAACUGUUUUAGCUCAUUACUAGCCCUAAAUUGUGCCUGUCCUCACUUUUUUUUUUGGAAUGUGUUGCAGGCCUGAAACACAGGAAUGGAUGUAUAUUAACAAAUGAAAUGAAGUUGACCAGAGAAAACAUGAAAUAUCAUGGGUUCGUACUGUCUGCAAUGAAAUACAAAUCAAACUGAGCUCCUGCCUGAAGACAUCAUUAUCCCUCAGUACUCAGUGUGCUGUGCUCUUGGACGAUAGACUGAGGGAGCUCUUUACUCCACACACACACACACACACACACACACAUACAGAGAAUAGAUGGCCGGUUUAAGGAGUGCAGUGCUUCUCCAUGUCCUGCUCUUCAUGUUGGUGGGAUGCUGCGGUGUUCAGGGCGGAAAAGAGCCGGACAACACCGGAGGCAAUUUCCUGGAAGAUGAGCAAUGGCUGUCUACUAUCUCCCAGUACAGCCGCAAGAUAAAGCACUGGAACCGCUUCAGAGACGAUGACGAUGUCAGAACUGUGGAGGAUCCCCAGGGUUCUGAGGAAAGUGUGGACACCACCAAGGACCCGUGUCAGAAGGUGAAAUGCAGCUGGCACAAAGUGUGUGUGUCCCAGGACUACCAGAGACCCAUGUGCAUCAACCGCAAGAAACUGGAGCACAGGAUCGGCCAGCCUGACCUGAAACCUCAUGUAAACAGCUGUAAACCGUGUCCCCUGUCAGCUUCAAACCCUGUGUGUGGAUCUGAUGGACAUAACUAUGCUUCACAGUGUAAGCUGGAGCAGCAGGCAUGUUUGAGUGGUAAAACGCUAGCUGUUAAGUGUGCAGGACCCUGUCCAUGUGUUAAUGAGCCUGUUCAAAAACUUGAGACAGAAACACCUUCUGUUUCCAAACCAGAGAGCUGCACAGGUCAGGACUUGGCAGAUUUGGGGGACAGGCUCAGGGAUUGGUUCCAGCUUCUCCAUGGCAAUGCGAAAAUGAGCAGCUCUGGCAGACAGGGAUCAGGAACAGCUUCAGUGUUUGAGAAGAACUUGGUGGCAGGCUGCAAGGACUCGAUUGGCUGGAUGUUCUCCAAGCUGGACACCAGUAAUGACCUCUACCUGGACCAUUCUGAGCUGGCUGCUAUAAACCUGGAGAAGUAUGAGGUCUGUAUCAGACCGUUUUUCAACUCAUGCGACUCGUACCGCGAUGGCAAGGUUUCCACGGCUGAGUGGUGUCUCUGCUUCUGGAGAGAGAAGCCCCCCUGUCUGGCUGAGAUUGAGAGACUCCAAGUGAAGGAGGUAGCCAAGAGAAAACCAGGUAUGUUCAUCCCGAGCUGUGAUGAAGAUGGCUACUACAGAAAGCUACAGUGUGACCAGAGCAGAGCAGAAUGUUGGUGUGUCGACCUACAUGGCACUGAGAUAACUGGGUCACGGGUUCGUGGCAAGCCUGAUUGCGAUGAGUUCGUGGGCUACUCUGGAGACUUUGGCAGUGGAGUGGGAUGGGAGGACGAAGAAGAGAAAGAGACAGAGGAGAACGCAGAAGAAGAAGAAGAGCCUGAACCAGAAGAGACUGAUGAUGGAGGAUACAUCUGGUAGACAAGGUUCACCAUUCUCAUUGCACCUGUGCUCCUCAAAGCCCAUUUGUUCUCAGUCUUAAUUCAUUUAAUAGCAUAUUGCUUGAAGGAAGCUGUUGGAAAGGCUUAAUGGGCAAUUUUUACACAUUUAUUAUGGAUUUUAGUUUUAUUCUUUAAAUUCUCAUGCUGUUGCUUUCUCAAAACAUACAAAUCUGAUCAGGUAUUUAAAAAAAAAAAGAUAUUUGAACAUGAAAUGAUCAUGUUGGCCAUCUUGGCUGAUAGUCACAUAAUGUGCUGAGUAUAACGUGUUAAUCAUGAAUUAAAUCUAAAACAGUGAUGUGAGUGGGAUUCUACACUGCUGCGAGAAAGUACAACUAGGGAACUUGCUUACUUAUUACUGGGAAACGUAUCAAACUGGGCUGUAGAUCAGUACAUUAAACAGCAACUGAGAGGAAGUUAAAGAAAUAUGGAUAGGCUUUUAUUCUGAUUAGAGUAUGCGUCAUAAUUGCUUGUAUAAUAUCUACACAGCGGCUCUGCUAUACUGAGGAAGAACCACUAAUUUAAGGGAAUUUUAAUUUAUGUAAUUCAUUUAAUUACCUGUCCAUAUUAAACAGACAUGAACACAAGGUUGCCUCAGUCGAUUUUCCUAUUCAUAACAAUUGAUCUACAAUAAAUUUCUGUCCACAACACUCACUAUAGAUUUAUAGAUUUAUUUCAAAACAAUAAUCGUCACUGACCGAAAAAAAGAAACACAUAUUUAGGAUCAGGAGUCAAAUGUUUCAAACUUUCCAACCACUCUAUUUAAAUUCAGAAUGACCAUAAUGACGCCACAGUUAUUACUUUUCUUCAUAUUUACACACAACCACAUCAGAUAGUGUCAUGUGUGUUCAUUUCCUUGAAUGUCUUUUUCUGCAUUUUCUUUCUACUGUACUCGAAAAGUUGUAAACUCAAAGACACGUGAUUUACUCAUGCCUUUUGCAAGAUAAAUAAGAUUGAUUGGUUGAUUGUUUUGACAGUAAUUGCAUGUUUGUUCAGAAGAAUGUACAGUUACUGUAUGAGUGUUGAAUAUUAUGGCUCUCUGAUACGACAUCCUUUUGUUCGUCAUCUCCUUGUGAUAGACAGAGACAUCAGUGCAGUCCAAACAAGACGUCAGAAUGGCAGCAUUAAAAAAAUAAAAAAUAAAUAAAGUUAUUGUGAAUGAACAAUAUAUGAAGUUGUGUUUAGAUUGUUAUACAUGUCUUUUAUUAUAUGGAAAUACAAGUACUGUAUAUUGUGACAUUUUGAAGGAAACAUUCUUUGACCAAACAACCGAGACUAAAGAGUUUAAAUGUGCAGGAAUGUUAAGCAGGAUCGCUGUGUACAUCAUAUAAACAUAGUGACAUAAUGACAGAACUAUGUAUUACUAUUAUUAUUGAGCGAUUUACUAGAGGAAUGAUUAGAAGUGACGAACACAUCACACAGUGUACCAGCACUGUAAUGGCUUUGUAAUGACACAUAUUUUUGCCUUCUUUCAUGGAUCUAAGACGAGCAGAAAAAAAAAAAAAACUUUUUGGUGUACAACUGUAGCUAUCUGCUGCAAUUUAUUGUGAUUAUGCUUGCGUCAUCACUGUUUAUGUAUGUAAAGUCGGUCAUGCGUUUUUUUUUUUAAUAUAGAGCUGCUGGAAUUGGUUGAAUCAAUGCGCUUUAAUGUAAUGUGAGAGAAUAUCAGAGAAAUGCAGAGAUUGUGAUUAGUUGAUGCUUCACACACGCUGGGUUAAAGCUUACAAAUGAGUGACGAACACACUGUAAUUCCAAGAUGCUACACUUAUUUAAUUUUGUACUUAUUUAAUUUAAUAAAAAAAAGAAUAACUGAUUUAGUCUUUAUUGAAGCAGUCAUCUGAACAGAUUAAUGUCUAAAUGGAAUCAUGAAACAUUACAGAAUAUUAAAGAUCGAAAUCUUAGACAUUUGGGACAGAAAUACAGAAGAAAACCCACUCCUUCUCUCGCUUCACAUUAACACUGAGCUGCUACUGUAUACUCAUUGCUGCUUAGCUCAGCUCGUGACAUGUUUUCUCACUGUGUUUGAUAUUUGAUAAUAAACCAGCACUGGACUCA